AUGGCCCGUGAUUUAUUAACAACUUCAUGCAUGACACAGGGAAUUUCAAGUUUUGUGAUAUCGAAAUUAUAUUUUACGAUCAAGCAAAUUGAGCAUGGGGUGACACUGCAGUCCAAUCAACUUCGCAACAAAUCAUUUUCAGAAAUAGAAAACACUGCAAGGCUUCUACUCCCACUAAAUUCUUCAGCAUCAAAUUUGGCGAGAGCUCUUAGUUCAUACCUGAAUGGAACUCAGCUAUCUUUCGAUGCUAUUCAAACCAAGAUUGCACCAACUAUGUUCCUAGCACUGUCAACAAUCCCCAAUCUAUCACAGGUUUCUUACAUAGGACCAGAUGGACGAAUGUUCACAUUCUACAAUGAUGAGGAUCAGACACUUGCAGUAUUUUCCAACAAUUCAUUUUCCUCCACAUACUACACUCAAUCGGUUAAUCGCGACACCGGAAAACUAUAUGGAGCAGCAAUCAGUUCAAAAUUUAUGUCCAAGUUCAACACAAGUUGGUAUCAGAAUUUCUCAAAUCUAAGAACCGGGCAUACUUCUUUUGGAAUCGGGUGGAAUAAAGCUCGAGAUCUUUUAUUUUCUAGCACCGCGGCUAUGGAUGGGAGAGGCAUGAUUUCCAUAGGAGUCCCGGUAAAUGUAUUCACUGAUUUUUUCACCGGGAUAGAUUUUCGUGGCUCUGAUUUUCAUUUGGCUGCAAACGAUGGCCAUGUUAUUGUGGAAACCAAGCUCCCUGACAUUAAAAUUUUCGUACAAAAUAGCACGGUGUCAUUAUAUGGGAAGAAUAUGGAUGGUGUGAUUACAGAUCGUAACAAAUUGUGCAAGUUGUUUGACAGUGAAGGCUGCCAUUUCAAUGCGAAGAUUAGAGGAAUUAAGUACGUAUUUUACUGCUCACCUGUUGAAAUUGCAGGAGUUCCAUCGGUAUAUGUACUGUCCUUCCCCACUAAAGGAUUGGAAAGUCUAGUUCAUGAAAAGAGCAAUCUUGCCCUCACACUUCUUGUGCUGAUGUUUGUUGUAGUACUUAUCUCCCUUUGCAUUUUCAUGACCUUGAUCAUAAGGGCUGCAAGAAGGGAAAUGUUCUUGUGUGCCGCGCUUAUAAAGCAAAUGGAAGCGACUCAACAAGCUGAGCGUAAGAGUAUGAACAAGAGUCGUGCCUUUGCUACAUCAAGCCAUGAUAUUCGCUCUUGUUUGGCAGGCAUAACUGGUUGGAUUGACCCCUGUCUUGAACAAGCCACUCCUCAUUCUGAUCUAGCGAAUAACUUAAGUCUCAUGAAGACUUGUGCUGCGGAUCUUCAUGGCAUAUUGAAUUCUGUGCUUGAUAUCAGUAAAAUUGAAGCUGGGAAAAUGCAACUUGAAGAAGAAGAAUUCGACUUGACCAAACUUCUCGAGGAUGUGGUCGAUAUGUAUUAUCCCGAUGGCAUGAAUAAAGGUGUGGAUGUUGUGCUUGAUCCUUGCGAUGGCUCAAUCUUCAAAUUCUGUCUUGUUAAAGGAGAUAGAGGGAAGCUCAAACAGAUCUUGUGCAAUUUAAUUCACAAUGCUGUUAAGUUUACAUCAGAAGGUCAUGUCUCAGUCCGUGCCAUAGUCAAGAAACCUAGUAAAGAAGACGCCAUAAUUGCUUCCAACCGCAAUGACAUUUUGAAAUGUUUCUCAAGGUUGUGUGACAGAAAUAAUGGACGUUUCAGUGGCUUGGAAGAGAUUCAAACACUAAGGCAGAAUCCCAAUUGUAUGGAGUUUGUAUUUGAGGUGGAUGAUACUGGCAAGGGAGUUCCCAAAGAAAACCAGAAAUCUGUUUUUGAAAACUUUGUGCAGGUUAAAGAAUCACCCCAUAGACAUGAAGGUUGUGGUUUGGGACUGGGUAUUGUCCAAUCACUGGUGCGUUUGAUGGGGGGAGAGAUCAAAAUCAUGGAUAAAGAGCACAGUGAAAGGGGAACUUGCUUCCAGUUCAAUAUUUUUCUUGCAGUUAACAUGCAAGACUCGGAAGACUGCAAUACUAGUGAUCGUAUUUCAACUGAUUUUCAUCACAAAUUGGGGUUGAAUCGCUGGUCCCCUACUCGUAAAUUAGAGGGGUCCCAUGUUGUGCUUCUAAUUACCGGCGAAGAACGAAGAAAAAUCUCAAAGAAGUUUAUUGAAAACUUAGGCAUAAAAGUUUCAAUUGCUAAGCAAGAGAGAGAGAUUUGUCAACUUCUUCAAAGGUUAAAGCGCAAGUUGGACUGUUCUCGAUUCAAUUCUUUAGAAAAGAAUGAGUUAUGUAUGCUUGAUUACCUGAGCAAAUCUGCCUCCAGUAAUUCUAAUUCAACAGGCAUUGAUGGGUUUUCGGGAAUCCAUGAUCCUUCCUCCAGGAAAAGUAAUUCUAAACACUUACCAACCUUUAUACUUAUUGUUGUUGAUGCUUGUGCUGGACCUUUCUCUAAACUAAACUCAGUGCUGGCUAAUCUUAAGAAAGAGACUCAGAAUAUCCAAUGCAAGGUUGUUUGGUUGGAUAAUCCAUUCAUUCAUGCCAAAAGCCCUGAAAAAAAUAGCCCAAGUCUUCCAUGUGAUCACACUUUGUCAAAGCCAUUUCAUGGAUCGAGCAUACGUCGAGUCUUAGGACUCUUGCCGGAAUAUGGAGGAAUUUACCAAUGCAGUUCUCCUAUAUCAACUGAAGCAACUCAAGAAACGCAACGCGCUGUCCACUCGAGUACUAUGAGUGAAAGUACCUUGAGUGGGAAAAGAGUUUUGGUCGUCGAAGACGUUGAGAUAUUAUGCAAGCUAGCAACUACCAGUCUUCGUAAACUUGGAUCAAUUGUCGAUGUUUGUGUGAAUGGGAAAGAGGCUUUUGAUCGAGUUUGCAAAGUUCUUUGUGAUCAAAGGAGCGAAGGACAGUUCGAAGCUCUCCCCUAUGACUAUAUUUUCAUGGAUUGUGAGAUGCCGAUAAUGAAUGGUUAUGAAGCAACAAAACUCAUAAGAAUGGAGGAGCAACACUAUGGCAUCCACAUUCCAAUCAUUGCAUUGACGGCUCAUACCAUGGCAAAAGAAGCUAGCAAGACCAUGCGCGCUGGAAUGGACUUUCACUUAACGAAACCAUUGCGAGAAGACACGUUGUUAGAUGCGAUUCGAUGCAUUGAGAUGAAGUGAAAUAGAUUGACAACAUUCAAGACCUACUUUGUUAAUUAGAUUGGUUCAGAAAUUCUUUGUAGAAAAUCCAAAUUUUUUGUACAGUUCUAUGUUCAUUCUCCUUGGUAUUUUUGCUUUGAUCAUCAAAGCAGUUAA